AUGGCAAGCCAAGAUGUUGCGUCGAUGGUGCAAGGGAGCGGAGCAUACGCUUCACCAUGCCAGGAGGUCAUCAUCCACAGGACCGUGCGGGACGUUGGCGGGGCCAACUGGCCGGUCCUCACACGCACAAACUACGGCGAGUGGACGGUGCUGAUGAAGGUCAAGUUGCGUGCGCGCAAGCUUUGGCGGGCCAUCGAGGAAGGCACCGAGGAUGAAGAAGAGGAUUGCGCAGUGCGGGAAGCAAUUCUGUCCGCUGUGCCUCCCGAGUACGUGGAGUCGCUGGGCGCAAAGGACUCCGCAAAGGCUGCUUGGGACGCCCUCAAGGCCAUGCGCAUCGGGUCUGAUCGCGCAAAGAAGGCGAAGGCGCAGCAGCUGCGGCGGGAGUACGAGGCGCUAGCAUUCCGCGACGGCGAGGCAGUAGAGGAUUUCUCGCUCCGUUUGCAGUCGCUCGUCAGUCAGCUGGCGUCGCACGGCGUCACCAUCACCGACGAGGAGGCGGUAGCGAAAUACUUGCGCGUCGUGCCGCCUAAGUAUGCCCAAAUCGCGCUCUCCAUCGAGGCGUUGAUCGACAUGUCCACCCUCACGAUUGAGGAUGUGACUGGGCGCUUGCGGGCAGUGGAUGACCGCGUGGAGACGGCGACGAUAACUACCAGCGGCAAGUUACUACUGACCGAGGAAGAAUGGGCAGCUCGUAUGCGCGAGCGGCGACCCGGGGAAGGCUCCUCCAACCGUGGCGGCUACGGCAAGCGUCGUUGUAAGGCCCCGCAGAAGAAGAAGGACGGCAACAACGCACGGCACUGGGCCCGGGAUUGCAAGAAUCCGAAGAAGGAGAAGAGGGAGGCGCACCUCGUGCAGGUGGACGACGAGGAGCCAGCUCUUCUCAUGGCAACGACCUGCAAGUUGCACGACGUCGAGCCAGAGUUGGAGGAAGUCAAGGCGGCGGCUACAGAGCAGGGGAAGGCACUGCAGGCCGUUCACCUCGACGAGUCGAGUGCCCAAGUCCACCUUGGACGAAUGGGCGGUGGCAUGGAGCAGAGGUGGUACCUGGACUCCGGCGCCAGCAACCACAUGACCGGCUCAAAGGAGGCCUUCUCCGAGCUUGAUGACGGCGUGACGGGGACGGUGAAGUUCGGCGACGGCUCGAAGGUGGAAAUUCGAGGUCGCGGCACUGUCAUCUUCCGGUCCAACCCGCCCCAGAGGCUGCAGCUCGGGCCAGUUCGGGUCUGGUCCAAACCAAAUUGCCAUCCCUAUCGCUAUGGCCCGUCUGGUGCGUGGACAACUCACCUGGUGCGCACUGUUACACUGAUCGCCAAGCGUGGUUAG